AUGACCUCAGUCCGAGCAUUGGUAUUCCGUUUCGAGGCGUUCUCUCGGCCUGUGAAAAACAUCAAGAAGUUCGAGGAGGGCGUGUUCUCAGAUCUCCGUAAUCUAAAACCUGGGACCGAUGCUUGUUUGGAAGAACCCAAGUCUCCUUUUCUCGACUUAUUAUUCCGCAACGGCUGCAUCAGGACGCAAAAAAAAGUGCGUGCGCUACUCCAAAGGUUUUCAGUGCCACAUGACAGAUUGUUUCUUGACGCCCUGGAAAGGGACUUGAAAAGAGAAAAGAUGGGACUUGAACCGACCACCGUCGUAGUUGGCGAGCCUGCUCGGAGUUUUAGGUAUGACGUCUCCUGA